AUGCGCUACACGAUUCCGAUUGAAGCCUGUGUGACUCGUCGUGAGACAUGGAGGUGUGCGAUGGUGCUGCACACGGGAAAGAACUCUGCUCCGGGACGAAUGGUGAUUCUCGUGGCCUAUGCCUCGAUGCGGAGACCGAGCUCGCAGGCAUAUGGCAUAUCUGAGGUUGAUGCGCGUAGCCACAACGCCAAGGCAUGCGUUUUCGCUGUUUUUCUUUUGUUACUGUCUGUGUGUGUGUGUGUGUGUGUGUUUAGAGCGGGGAGGAAGUCGCUCUUUGGGCGACUUUGUGUGAACGUUGCAGGUAUGCUUGAAUGUAUCACUGACGACGUGCCACCACGAAUGUGUAUGAGGGUCCUAUUUUUCUUGUAG